AUGAUAGAAACAAAAUCCUUUCCAGGGCAUCCUUCCUUAUGCCCUCAAUGCCAACCCUUGGUAUGGGUCUUAGAAGCAAUAUUAAGACCCAUAGACUAUGCAGUGACCUUGUUCCUGCUGCUGCACCAGAGGAAGAAGCAGCGAUUCUUCAGUAAACACAUCUCUCUCUGCGGAGGUGCUGGGGAGAACUUAGAGAACACAAUGACAGUCUUUCGGCAUGCAGUUAAUAUGGGAACUGAUGUGCUGGAACUGGACUGCCAUAUCACAAAAGAUGAACAAGUGGUAGUAUCCCAUGAUGGGAAUCUGAAAAGAUCAACUGGAAUAAAUGUAAACAUCUCUGACCUCAUGCCAUCUUACCUUGGCAAACUGGAGGUAACAUUUCCAAGAGGAUGCCUAAGUGAGAGAGAAGACAAGCAUAUUCCAUUACUGAAGGAAGUUUUUGAGGCUUUUCCUCACACACCAGUAAAUAUUGACAUCAAAGUCAACAACGAUCUACUGAUUAAAGUUUUAGAGUUGGUAGUUCAGUACAAACCAGAACACUUGACAGUGUGGGUCAACGCCAAAUAUGAGAUUUUAGAAAAGUGUCACAAAGAGAAUUCAGAUAUCCCCAUUCUCUUCAGUCUACAAAGCAUUCUGUUCAUUCUUGGCCUGUUCUACACUGGCCUCUUGCCCUUUGUGCCCAUCUGUGAGCAGUUUUUUGAAAUUCCAAUGCCUUCUAUAAUACUGAAACUGAAGGACCCACUCUUUCUUGCUUCUUAUUUGACAUUUGCCUUGGAACCAACCAAUGCUGAAAAUCAGGACUACUUACACUACGGUAAUCAGCUCCCAGACACCCCAAACUGUACCAUGAUUACACCAUUUACUGAAACGCGCAAAGAGACACUUGAAGCUGUUCUGAUUAGGGCAGACAUUAUUUUUGCUAAUGGGCGAUUGCAUUAA